AUGUAUGCAUGUGUUGCCAGAAGAGCUUUAACAAAAUCCGCGUUUGGGAUUGGGACUUAUGCACCUGCCCAAUCUGCUGCAAUUCCAUGGCAAUCACUAUUACUGGUAGCUUUAGGAAGUCUACUGCCGGAAGCAAGAACAUUAUUUCUGCUCAUGGUAAUUAUGAUCACAACAAGUACCGGAUUUCCUAGUGCAAUUUAUAAGCAUUUCUUCAUGAUAGUGGAAACGAUUAAGACGAGACCAGAUCCUAUGGCUGUGAACAUGAGGAACAUCAAGGUGAUACUGGAUAAAACGAACUUUUAA